AGAAGCCGCAGCCACUGAGGUCCUAGUUCUGAUCCAGAAGUGGCGGCUACGCCUUUGCUGUAGCCUCACCGAUCCGCCGCCGCCGCCGCCAUGAAGUUCCGCUCUGAUUCGUCAGGCGGCGACGAGCCCCGCGCUCCGGCUGCCGGCGACGGCGGCGGCGGCGGCGACGAGCCGGCCAAGAGGCAGCGGACCGAUCCGUCCUCCAGUUCGAGCCAGGGCGAGGCCUCCUCUUCCUCGCAGCCGCCACCGCAGCAGCAGCAGGAGGAGCAGCCUCCGGAGGAUGCGGGAGAGGGCGAGCAGCCGAGGGUUCCGGAUCUCGGGGAGGACCUGGUGUUCGAGGUGCUGCGGCGAGCGGAGGCGCGGACGCUGGCGGCCGCGGCGUGCGUGAGCAGGGGGUGGCGGCAGCUCGCGGAGGACGAGCGGCUCUGGGAGGCCGCGUGCGUGCGGGAGUGGGCGAACCUCGGCUUCUCCGAGCGGCAGCUCCGGGCCGUGGUGCUCUCCCUCGGUGGAUUCCGCCGGCUCCACGCUGUCUACAUCCGCCCCCUGCAGUGGCGUGGCGCCGGCGUGCCCAGGCAACAGGGGAGGCGGCAGCCGCCGGUGAGGUUGGGCCGGGACCAGGUUCAGCUCUCGCUGUCACUGUUCUCCAUUGGGUUCUUUCAGAAUAUGCCUUGUCCUAAGAAAGACAAGGGAAAUGACAGUGAUAAGAAUGGAGGGGGCCAAUGCGGGUAGUCGAAUUUGUGGAAUAAGCUUCACUCCAACAAGCAUCAUCCUAAGCUACCAUGGCAGUUGCCCUAUUGUUCACACUGGUGAUGCUAGAGAGUGUUGGAGAGACGAACAGGAAAAUCGGCAUGCUUGAUUUGGGACAUGAGAGAAAUUAAGUGGAAUUGCAAGAUCUGAAUUGGUUCGGUUGUGUUCCGCACUUGUAAGAUUUAUGUGAUAGUGUCACAUGGAUUGAUGGACGUUGAGUGCUAUGAGGACAGUUGCGUGAAUGCUGAUGACAAGUGAUUUACUUCAAGAGAAGGGAGAAAUGGUUUGCAAUUCGUUCUGCUGUUGCUGAUAUUCUAGUUAUCAGCUAUUGUGUCAACUUGAUAUAUCUGGCCCAAGAGCAGUAUGGACUGUGUGCCUUCUUGCGCCGGUACCAAGCUUUAGAGGGAAAGCUGAUGCAAAUAGCUUUUGUUUGCAUAACCUUUUUCAAUUAGGGAAACAUAAUUUCCCAUAUUAGGCAUAUGGAGAAUUAUGUGAGAUUUGACCUUCUGUUUCUACCAGAAAAACACAAACAGUGAAGAUGUCGCAGCCUGCUGAGCUUUCCCGUGAGGAGAAUGUGUACAUGGCUAAGCUUGCAGAGCAGGCCGAGAGGUAUGAGGAGAUGGUUGAGUUCAUGGAGAAGGUUGCUAAGACAGUUGACUCUGAGGAGCUCACUGUUGAGGAGCGCAACCUUCUAUCAGUUGCUUACAAGAAUGUUAUUGGUGCUCGCCGUGCGUCAUGGCGCAUCAUAUCAUCCAUUGAACAGAAGGAAGAGAGCCGUGGUAAUGAGGAUCGUUGCACGCUCAUCAAGGAAUACAGGGGAAAGAUUGAAACUGAGCUCUCCAAGAUCUGUGAUGGCAUCCUCAAGCUUCUUGACUCCCACCUUGUGCCUUCAUCCACUGCUCCAGAGUCCAAGGUCUUCUACCUCAAGAUGAAAGGCGACUACUACAGGUACCUCGCAGAGUUUAAGACUGGAGCUGAGAGGAAGGAUGCUGCUGAGAACACCAUGGUGGCAUACAAAGCCGCUCAGGAUAUUGCCCUGGCAGAGUUGCCCCCAACUCAUCCUAUCAGACUUGGGCUGGCCCUCAACUUCUCGGUGUUUUAUUACGAGAUCCUCAACUCUCCUGACCGUGCUUGCAAUCUUGCAAAGCAGGCUUUCGAUGAGGCUAUCUCAGAGCUGGACACUCUGAGUGAGGAAUCCUACAAGGACAGCACUUUGAUCAUGCAGCUUCUGCGUGAUAACCUGACGCUGUGGACUUCCGAUAUCUCGGAGGAUGCUGCUGAGGAAAUCAAGGAGGCCCCCAAGGGCGAAUCAGGAGAUGGACAGUGAACAUGAUCGAAUGCGUGCGCCCACAAACUAGAAUAGUGACGCUGCAAAUGUGCUGUGGGUUAUCGUUUCAUUUUAUAGAUUGUAAUGUCUCGUGAUUUGUCGGAAACAGGAGGCGCUCCCCAUUUAUGUUGUGCUAGGAAACCUUGCAGCUGACUCGCUGCUUGGCUGGUGGAUUCUCGAGCUGCACUUUCUUUGGGGGGAGCCUCAGGGUGGAACCUUCAUGUCACUUAUUGGAUCGAUUGUUUUCGGUAUGUCAGUUGUGAGCCUUAUCUCCAGAGUCCACAGUCCUGCCAAGUGCCCUGCUUGAGUGUUUUUGGUUUCUUCGAUGUAAAUCCCGUUGUGUGCACGAUGGUUCUUGAUUCACCACACAUUGUUGUCUACAUUGCCAAAACGUAUGCUUCAAGUGCCCAAAAGGCCGAAGCGGUCCGAGAAACAUUAUUCUGUCAGGUAUGUGUGAUAAGCGGUUUCAUAUGCAACAA